UGUACGUAAAGACUGCGUGCUAGUGCGCGGACCCAGGUGAGCCAGGGCCCACCUGAGUCUCCGACCCGGAACUUCUGCUGAGCUUUGGGGCCAGAGGUGAAGCGACUUCCAGUCAUUUGGAAAGGAUGGGAUGAAAAGGAACCUUGGUGAUAAUUUUGAUGUCUGCAAGAUUUAGUACCAGUGUAAUGGGAUUAUCGGUAACACCUUCACUGCAGAAAAAGCCACCUGGCGCUAUAACUGGCAGCAACUGAGAACUAAUCCUUUCCCAUCUCUUGGAUGUCAUUCAUGAAGCUCAAAGCGAUUUCUACCCUGCUAACUGUGAUUAAUUUUAUAAACAACAAAAAAAACACAGGUAGAAUAAGAAUUUUGAAACACAGCUUUGUGGCACAAACUGGUAAUCUAAGUUACGUGGGAGGUGGAAUCAAGAGCUUUUUAAGACCUGCCUGGGCUAUAAAGGCCAGUGGUGGCAGAGUCAACAUAGAACUAUGCUUCGAGGUAUUCUGGGAAAAACCUUCCGACUUGUUGGCUAUACUAUUCAGUAUGGAUGUAUAGCUCAUUGUGCUUUUGAAUACGUUGGUGGUGUUGUAAUGUGUUCUGGACCAUCAAUGGAGCCUACAAUUCAAAAUUCAGAUAUUGUCUUUGCAGAAAAUCUUAGCCGACAUUUUUAUGGUAUCCAAAGAGGUGACAUUGUAAUUGCAAAAAGCCCAAGUGAUCCAAAAUCAAAUAUUUGUAAAAGAGUAAUCGGUUUAGAAGGAGACAAGAUUCUCACCACUAGUCCAUCCGAUUUCUUUAAAAGCCAUAGUUAUGUGCCAAGAGGUCAUGUUUGGUUAGAAGGUGAUAAUUUACAGAAUUCUACAGACUCCAGGUACUAUGGACCUAUACCAUAUGGACUAAUAAGAGGACGGAUCUUCUUUAAGCUGCAGAGGAAGAGUGAGACCUCUCUCCACACCACCCAGUUAUGGAGGAAAGGCCAUAAAAGGACACAGCAAGGAAGCUGUCUGCAUAAGGACAGGACUGACCAACACCAUCCUGAACUUCUCAGCCUCCAGAACUAUGAGAAAUUUUGUUUAGCUGCCCAGUCUGUGGUAUUUUGUUAUGGCAGCCCAAGCAGACUAAUGGGUAUUCUUCAAAUUAAACAAGAUCAGGCUAAAAGUGCUUCAAAGAAUAAAGCUCUUCAAAAAUGUAAGGGAUUAUUAGUCAUCUGCUCGUAAAAGAAUGGUAAGUAAUCAAACAGAAAAGUGCUUGAAUGCUGCAAUAAUCUCACAAGACAAGUGUGCUCUGUUGUUCUCUUGCUGUUUUCUGGGCCAGUAUUUUCUCUGCACAUAGACAAUCCAAAGGAUCCUUGAGUCUUAACAUGCUAAGAGUAUUGCCUGUGUAGCACACACAUGAAGCUCUAAACAUGCUAAGAGUAUGGUCUGCGUAGCACAAACAAGCUUUAAACAGGUGGACUUUGGGCAAAGAAAGCAACUACAGGUGGGAAGCGCUUGUCUCUGUUUUCAAAGGCAUGCUGUAUUUCCUGCAUCUGUGCAUUGUUCUUUGAGAAGUUAAUGCUGUAUGAAAAGAAAAAGACUACUGAAAUCCAGCAACCCCCAUCUCUAAAACAGUCUUCUCUUGCUGUCUCACUAGUCUCUUAUUCACUUGCUAGGAAUGCUUCCCUUUGUUCAGUUGUGUGAAUGCCUACAAUUUAAUUAUAUUUAAUAACUGCCUGCUCAAAAUUUAUUGGUGAGUUACACAGUUUUAAAAUAGAUGAAAAGAUUAUACAAUAUUUUGAACCUACCAUGGUUUUCUAUUAAAAUAUGUCAAAUAUUAUACUAUGUCAUAUUUACUUGGUACCAAGAGUCUAUUAAAGUGCCCCUAAAAUCUAGACACAGACUUUGUCUGUGGUUGAGCUAGCUCCUCCAUCUCUCUGUUCCCAAUGAAUAGCUUAUCCAUAAUUUACAGUGAGCCAAGUUGUUUCCCACAAUUUAUUUUCCACAUUCUAUACAAAGUAUACAUGUUGGGUUUUGUUGUUUUGUUUUGAGAUUGGGCCUCACUUUACAGUCCAGGCUACA